AUGACAGCUGAUACAACCGCCGCACGGGACUUUGUACUGCGGACCGCGCGGGAACACGACGUGAAGUUCAUUCGCCUGUGGUUCACCGACAUCCUGGGCAAGCUCGAGGGCUUCGCGAUCACCGCCGAUGACCUGGAGGACGCGCUGGACCGGGGCGUGGGGUUCGACGGCUCGGCCAUUGACGGAUUUGCCCGGCAUCACGAGAGCGACAUGCGGGCCUAUCCCGAUCCGGCCACCUUCACGCUGCUGCCCUGGCGUCCGCGCCAGAACGCCGUGGCCCGGAUGUUCUGCGACAUCCGACAGCCCCGGGGCCAGACCUUCCCCGGCGACCCGCGCCAGGUCCUGAGGCGGAACCUGGACAGGGCGGCGGAGAUGGGGUUCACCUAUAACGUCGGGGCCGAGCUGGAAUUCUUCUACCUGAAGAACGCCAGCGCUCCGGAGCUGCUGGACCACGACGGGUACUUUGACCAGCUUUCCAGCUACCCCGCCUCCGACCUGCGGCGGGAGACCGUGCUCAACCUCGCGGAGAUGGGCAUACCGGUGAAGUAUUCCCACCACGAAGGCGCGCCCAGCCAGCACGAGAUUGACCUGGAGUACACCGACGCCCUCACCAUGGCCGACAACCUGAUGACGGCCAAGCUGGUGAUCAAGGAGCUGGCACAGCUGCAGAACGUGUACGCCACGUUCAUGCCGAAACCGGUUUCGCGCAUCAAUGGCUCGGGUCUGCAUCUACACCAGUCCCUCUUCGCCGGCGAGGCCAACCGGUUCUACGACGCGGACGACGAGCAGUACCUGUCGACGCUGGGCAAGCAAUUCAUCGCGGGGCUGAUCGCCCACGCGCCGGAGAUAACCCUGGUGACCAACCAGUGGGUCAACUCCUACAAGCGGCUGAUCCCGGGUUACGAGGCGCCGGUGUACGUCUCCUGGACCCACGUGAACCGUUCCGAUCUGAUUCGCGUGCCCAGCUACGAGCGCGGGGAGGAAGCGUCCAUCCGCAUCGAGUACCGGUCUCCCGACCCGGCGUGCAACCCCUACCUGGCGUUCAGCGCCACCCGUCCGGCUGGGAGCUUGUCAUUGAUCAGCCACUGCCUGGGCAGAGGGAUGGCGUGGCCCACGUCGCUGUUCUCAGCGGCGUGGCCGUCUCGAUCGCCCUCGUCUCUGCUCAGUCCGCUCGCCCAACAUGGCCUUGCUCCACUGCACUAA